AUGAUGCCAUGGUGCAUGGUGCCACGUUUUCCUCAGGUGGUAGUACUGGAAGGUAUUCUCACGGCACCACUGGAGGUGCUACUUCGUGAUUUUGACCAAACGGAUUCCUCUCACCAGCUUUACCUCCGUGGUCAAGAUUUGUUCAGGUCUGCAUUGGACAAUAGUUCCGCGGGCGUGGUGACCGCAGGGAAAAUUUUAGAGCUCGCAUAUUUGUGGGUACUGUCCUGCCAGUUUAAGAAGUUUGGGACGACUAGGUUUGGCAUGGUUCAGUUUCAAUGUGAAGACAUCCAACCCGGCAACAUGUUUCAGAAGAACAGCAAGAGUCUCGACUGUGCCAAAGUUGCAGAGAUGCAAAACGCCACUCUCUAUUAUGCCGAGAGGAACCAUCCGUGUGCCGACAUUUUCUUCAAGGAUGACACUGGUGCUUUGUACCUUGUUGAUGUGGGUGGCACCAGCAACAUGUCGAAGGCGUUGAACAAGGUUCAGAAAAUGAAAGAUGUUCUUGUCAAGGAAGGUUCGCGUGAGGACUUGCAAGUGAGUGAAUUAAAAGGUGUCGUCCUGCUGCCAAACAUUGAGAGCCCGGAAGAUGUAGGAAGCAUCUCAGAAGCCAUCACCGUCACACGGGCAAGAGCCAGAAGGUUGCUUGGUGGUCUUGCCCAACUGCUUGCUUGGCUGCCCACCGAUUGA